AGACCCUCCAGAAUUCCUUCGCCCAUCUCUGGUCUAUUGUUCUCUAUACUUGCACAUCCAGAAAAUCCAUCGACACUCUUGUUGCAGUACAGAUCUGGAAAGCAUUCCUAUCUAAAGUUUAGCUAGCAGCGACGAUGAAUCAUCUUCGAAACCUGGAGUUAACAGGAUUUUUCAUUAAUUUGGGGUUCUGACGCAGCUAAAUUUGGUAGUGGCAAUGCACUGGUUUGUUAUGGAGUGACUGGUCCAUUGGGUUUUUACCAUUUGAAAGCAGGAUGAUUCAAUUGAAUGCAGAUCUUUCCACAAAUUAUAUGAUACAUGAUGAAGGUCAGGCUUUCAAAUUGACUUGAACUGUCAUCAACGAUUUUAAAAUUGCUAAGAAGAUCUGCUUCUCCAUUUCUCGCCUACUCCACUCCACAGUCCACACUAUCACAAUUCUCCGCAUUCCUCUGUGUCUCGACGCCUCCACCCUCCAGCCUCCAACCUCGGCCACACUCCGGUCAAGCGGUUACGCCCUCACACCCUCUGGCCCUACCCUCGCAUCUUAGUCCGCUCGGUUUCUGCUUCUCCGUCCUCCGACGCCAACACCCUCCCCGUCUCCCUCACAAUCUCUGGCCCUCAGCCAGUCAGAACUUUGGCAUGUCUGUGCCGGUCCUCUUAUUUCCCUACCUGCUGUGGGGAUCAGAGUGGUGUAUUUCCCCCAAGGCCAUAGCGAGCAGACAAAAGAAGCAUUCAAAGAGUGAGAAGAGUAUUUCCAUGCGUUUGGUGUCACAGAGAGUGGUAAUCUUCUUGGGUAAAAGCCAUAGAAGUUUCUGCUACCUGGUUGGGCUGUACUUUGGAAUGCGGAUAAUUUAACCUUCCCGUAUUCAGUUCAAAGAGUUCGUAACGUGGUCAAGACUUUGCAGGUAAUAGACAUGGCAGCAUUGCUGAGAAUGAGAGGCAGCAGUGUUUACUCUAAACAUCAACAUAGUCUUUCCUUCUUGCUGAAUGAAUCCCUUUGCUGUGUUCAGCUCUUGAAAUUACGCUCAUUCUGUAGUUCUGUCAAAUUUGAUGAUCAUCAACACUACAAUAAUACUCCCAACUCUCCUAACCCAAAUACCCCUCAGUCAAACUUUUCUCCUCCUGAGCCUAUACCCAAUAGGCCAUUGAGAGAUGAGUCUAGAAGACCCCCGUUUAUUCCCCGGGGCCAACGGCAGGCAAGGAGGCCUUCUGCUAGUUUCAACCGAUUUGAUGGGCAAGAUAGAAAUCAGAGUCCAAAGGCUAGUAGUGGCGAAGAUUUUCUCAAGAGAUUUCAGCUUGGAUUUGACCAUGAAAAAAGCGACCCAAAUCAUACCAAUCCUCUCAAAGGAGAGAGUACUGAGAGUUCUGCUGAGGAAUCACCACCUCCACUGCAAGAUGCAGAUGAGAUAUUUAAAAAAAUGAAAGAAACUGGGUUGAUUCCAAAUGCUGUAGCAAUGCUUGACGGGCUUUGCAAGGAUGGAUUGGUUCAAGAGGCAAUGAAGCUCUUUGGGCUUAUGCGUGAGAAGGGUACCCUUCCGGAAGUAGUUAUAUACACUGCUGUAGUCGAGGGGUUCUGCAAGGCUUAUAAUCAUGAUGAUGCUGUGAGAAUUUUCCGAAAAAUGCAAAGCAAUGGCAUUAUUCCUAAUGCUUUCACUUAUAGCAUCUUGAUCCAGGGGCUUUGCCAAGGAAAGAGAUUGGAGGACGCAUUUAUGUUCUGUCUGGAAAUGAUGGAGGCAGGACAUUCACCUAACUUAGCAACGUUCAUUGGUUUGGUUGAUGGGUAUUGUAAGGAGAAAACAUUGGAGGAUGCCCAAAACAUGAUUCAAACACUGAGGCAAAAAGGCUAUUACCUUGAUGAGAAAGCUGUUAGGGAGUACUUGAACAAGAAAGGACCAUUCUUACCAUUGGUUUGGGAGGCAACCCUAGGCAAGAAAGCUUCACCCAGGCAAUCUUUGUUUUAGUUAUUUUGAAUGCUUGGAAGAGUCUCAAUACUUUUCUUCCUCCACCCCAAUUUCCAUGUGUUCACACAUUUUGCCUAGUUGGACAGGUAUUGGCUGUUAGCAAUUAGCUAUAAGUCUAGAACAUGUAUGCAGCCACUUAAGUUCAAGAAUGUCACUGAACGAAUGUAGUUAAUGUGGUUGUAGUUAGUUAUGCUUGGAGUCUCAUCAGCCACUAAUAUCAUUAUUUCCAUUUUCCGAACUGAAUUGAAGGUCCUGGAGAAAGAUUAUAUGCAAACUAAGUAGUUGUUGCAAAGACUGCAAUAUGGCCAAUGUACAAUAGUUCAUUUCCUUUUGCAGAAAAACCUUUUGCAGGUUGGAGUGGAGAGGAGAGCCGAGAGUAUGAAGGACAAAAAGAGGACGGGGGCAUUUGGUAAAUAGUUGUUGGCGGAUAAUUGUUAGCUGGGUUACUGGGUUUGAUUAGUUGAUAGUAUUGGCUUAUUGUAGAAA